AUGUCAGCAGACUAUUGGGGAUCAUCGCAGCGUGCAAAAUGGCAGUUCACUAAAGAAAAACUGCAUUCUUAUCGUUUAAACAUAUUUCAGUGGGAGAAACAGAAACUGUCAACUAAUCCGUUCUACUUGAGGCAUGAUACAAAUGCCAGGAUAUACAUUCACCAAUUAAUAUCAAAACUAGGGAGACGAUUGGCAAUGAGGCAAAUAGUAGUGGCCACCGCUGAGGUAUACGUUUCAAGGUUUUUGACGAGAGUUUCACUAUUUGAAAUCAAUAUAUAUAUGCUAGUAACGGCGGCUAUUUAUCUUGCAGGUAAGGUUUGUGAGUGUCCUCAACACAUUCGAACAGUUUUAUCUGAGGCUAGGAAUUCUUGGCCAGAGUAUGUUUGUGCUGAUUUUACUAAAUUGGCAGAGUUGGAAUAUUAUCUUAUUGACGAGUUAGAAUGCUACCUGAUUAUACAUUGCCCAUACAAUUCGCUCAAUCAGCUGGUUAAUGUAUUAGGUAGAGAAAAUAAGCCAAGUGACAUUGACAAAUACGAUGAAAACGGUAUCAGAUGCCAUGUCAAUCUAACAGACCAAGAGAUCGAGAAUACGUGGCAUAUAAUAAACGACAGCUUUAUUACUGAUUUACCCUUGUUGUAUCCACCACAUGUGAUAGCAAUAGCUGCAUUGCAUAUUGUCCUCGUACUGAGAACCGAGACUUUUGAUAUACAGAAAGGGCAUGCUAAAAUGUCAAGUGAUUCGUCGUUGCAUAUUGCUCUUGAUAAUACUGGUCAAUUAACCAGAAAUAAUUGGGGGAACAGUCCCACUAAACCAAAGAGCAAAAGUAGUAAAGUCCAUUUGAUUAAUACUGAUAAGGUCACACCGGGAGAUGUCACUAGCCUCCAAGACGAUAUCGAUGUCCUCAGCCCUUCCACUAAUGUUGCAGCAGGUCUAAUAAGUUCAAAUAACUUCUCCCUCAAAAGCAAUAUCAAAGGGAGUCUCCCACAUAAUAACCAAUAUAUGAAUGUUCCACAACUCCAGUAUCAAGGGGGGUUAAGGAGAAAGUUAAGCCAGUCGAUUAAUUCCGGGCAAACACGACAACAUAAAAACGUUGUCACUACAACCAUGGGGGUAAGCACAGGAAAACACAAUGAUACCCCAGAUAUUUACCAGAACACCCGAAUAGAGGCAUUCACCAAUUUCCUGGCUGGUUCCAACGUCAAUUUGGAGGAAAUUAUUGACUCGGUUCAACAGCUUUUAACCUUAUACGAGACCUGGCAGGACUACGAUGAAAGUGCUGUUCGUCAGAACUUCAGGAUUUUGCUUAUGUCAGUGCAUACUAGUAGCCUAAAAAAUGGCAUGCUUGGAUAA